AUGAAGCGCGAGGUUCUUGAGCCUUCACGGAGGAAGACUCAGGCGGCUCUUCCGGCAGCGGGCGCGUGCCGCACCCCGCACCCGCGGGCAACGCGCAGCAGCAAGCGCUCCGUCUCUGAGCGCGAGGCGCAGCCCGCGCCAAAGAGGCCUCGAUCCGACAAGGGCAAGAGCAAGCAGCGGAGCAUGGACACUACAUCUGAGAGAGCGGACGAGCCUGCUGGUGACGCGCCUCGGCGCGGAAACGAGGCUGCCGCCUCGAGCAGUGGCGGUGGCUCUUCGCACGAGCCGAGCGCGGCGCAGCAGCGCGCCGAGGCGCGGCAGGCGGCGCUCGAGGCGGCCGAGCGCGAGGCGCUCGAGAUGCUCGACGAGUCCUCCGCGCGUGCGCGCGCCGGUGCGCCGUCCUGGGGCGGGCCGUCCCACGCGCUGCAGGGUCUCCUCCGGAAGCUCGGCGCCGGUCUGGACGACCUGCUUCCGAGUGCGUCGUCGCACGGGCGACUCAAGACGAUUCUCGCUGGCCUCAAGGGCCCCGACGAGAGCAUGCAGCUCGCGUCGCUCACCGAGCUCUGCGAGGUGCUCUCGAUUGGGACUGAGGAGUCCAUGUCCUCGCUGUCCGUCGACGUCUUCACGCCGCUGCUGAUCUCGCUGCUGCGGCAGGAGCACAACCCAGACAUGAUGCUGCUCGCCUCGCGCGCACUGUGCCACCUCAUGGACGCCAUCCCCUCCUCCUCCGCCGCCAUCGUCCACUUCGAUGGCGUGCCUCUCUUUUGCGAGCGGCUCCUGUCGAUCGAGUACAUUGACCUGGCGGAGCAGGCGCUGCACGCGCUGGAGAAGCUGUCGCAGGAGCACCCGCUCGCAGUCCUCCGCGCCGGCGGCAUGCUCGCCGUCCUGCAGUACGUCGACUUUUUUGCGAUGGGCGUGCAGCGGCGCGCGGUCGCCACGGCGGCAAACAUGUGCCGCGGCUUGCCGGUCGAGUGCGCGCACUUGGUGGCGGAUUCGGUGCCGUUGCUCUCCAACUUGCUCUCCCACCACGACCAGAAGCUCCUCGAGAACGUCUGCCUCGCCUUCGCGCGCCUCGCCGAGGCGUUCUCCUACUCGGCGCCGCAGCUCGAGAUGCUGGCCGCGCAGGGCCUCCUCCCGAACGUCCUCCGCCUGGUGGGUGGCAUGGCGUCGCCGGGCCAGUCCGACGCCCCGGUGGCGGUGUCGGACGCGACGUACACGAUGCUGCUGCGGAUGCUGGCGACGCUCUGCCACGGUUCGGCCUCGCUGUGCAAGCAGCUGCUGCAGCUCGACGCGUCGUCGACCCUGCACGACGUCCUCUCCGCCGACGCCACCGCCUCGCAAGGCAGCGGCUUUGCCGCCGCAAUCUCGCGGCCGCACGACCAGUUGUACCAGGUGCUCGCGCUCGCGCACGAGCUGCUGCCGCCGCUCCCAAAGGGGUCGCCCUUUUCGGCGGGCGCGGCGCGGCUGCUGGCGCCGAAGCGGCGCUCCAAGCGGAACCCGGAGGGCGAAGCUGCGCCGGUGGCCGACAGCAGCGCCGGCGAGCGAACGCCCACCGAGCGCGAGCAGGCGCUGCUCGACCAGCCCGAGCUCGUGGAGCUCUACGCGAGUCGGCUCUUUGCGCUCUUCAUGCACGUCCACUCGGGUGCGGUCAACGCGAGCGUGCGCUCCAAGUCCCUCUCGUGCAUGGCCAAGGUGCUGCACUUUUACCCCGCCGCCGGCUUGCGCGACAUGGUCCGGAGCCACGCCAUCGCCGCCUUCCUCGCGCCGCUCAUCACGUCGCAGGAGCACGCGUCGGCGCUGCUCGCCCUCCACAUGGCCGAGAUCCUCAUGACCAAGCUCCCCGCCGUCUACACGGACAAGUUCCUUCGCGAGGGGGAGGUUGCAGCGUCCGUCGCCUCGCGCGCGGCGCGAUUCCACGAGAUGUUUGUUUCGAGCAACCCGACUCUCGCGGCGGCGGUCACGUCGGGGGAGGGAUCGGCCACGUUGCGCAAGCUGCGCUCGCUCGCCACCUCACUCUCGGACGAGUCGCUGUACUCGACCGUCAACCCGAAGGUGCCGCUCGCCGGGUCGUGGACGACCUUUGCGGACGUGCGCGCGUUGCGGCAGCUCGCGUCGCUGCUCGACGAAGUCGGCGACGGCGUCUCCACCUUCGAGCUCGCGAAGUCGGGCCUCGUCGAGGCGUUGCUCACCUACCUCACGGACGCGGACGCUGUGCCGGCCGAUGUCGCCAACCGCGCAGCCGCGCUUGAGCGACGGCGCGUGCGGUUGCGCGUCUUCUGCGCCGAGUCUGGCGCCGUGGCCCAGGCGCCUCCCGCUCUGGGUCUGCUGGUGGGCAAGCUGCAGGACGCGCUCAACAUCGUCGAGCGGCUGCCGCUCGUGCUGAGCGACUCCUCCUCGUCGGACCCGCACUCGCACGGGCUCAAGGACUACGCCACCAACGUGGUGCUCAUCGAGCCGCUCGCGACGGUCGGCGCCAUCGAGGACUUCCUUUGGCCGAAGAGCGCCGGUGUUCCCGCGGGCCGCGGCGGCAAGGCGAGGCAGGGCCUCGCAAGCGUCGGCUCGUCGCUGCGGCCGGGCAACAGCGCUGUCACCGCGGCGGAAGGGCGUGGCCGGCAGCGGCUGUGGGGCGCCGUGUACACGCUCACCUACCGCCUCCCCAUGGAAGUCGACGAGCUCGGCGGUGGAGGCGGGCGGGGCAGUGUGGAGCCAGCUGGCAGCGGCCGAUCGUCCGAGGGCGAGGAGGGGGUGCGGUGCGCCGUUGAGGCGCACGGGGCAGGCGCGGUGCUCAAGCUGCUCUGGUUCCUGCACCGGCUGAACGAGCAUUGGGCACGGCUUUACUCGACCGCGGAGCUGAUGCGGCAGCUGCAAGACCCGCUCGCUCUCUGCUCGCGCUCCUUCCCGUCAUGGUGCGCCACGCUGGUCAACGCGUAUCCCUUCCUCUUCUCCUUCGGCACGCGCCGCCUCUUCCUGCACUCGACCGCCUUCGGCCUCUCCCGCGCGCUGCAGCGGUUGCACGCGCACGCGCACGAGGCCUCAUCCAGUUCCGCUUCCAGUGGCGCCGAGUCGAGGCUCGAGUCGCGGCUGGGUCGGUUGCCCCGCCAAAAGGUGCGCAUCUCUCGCUCGCGGCUGCUCGACUCGGCGGUGCGCGUGAUGGAGCUGUACGCGGCGCAGCCGGCGCUGCUUGAGGUCGAGUACUUUGGCGAGGUUGGCACGGGUCUCGGUCCCACGCUCGAGUUUUACGCGCUGGUCUCGCACGAUUUGCGCAAGGCGGAGCUCGACCUGUGGUACCACGAGGAGCAGCCCAUCUCCGAUGAGCCGCCCGCCGCGGCACCGGACAGCACCGAGGCGCCGCUCGGCGGCGCAGCGGCGGAGCGGGCGCGCGACAAGCACGAGAAGCUGGUGCAUGCGCCGUGCGGUCUGUUUCCGCGGCCGGUGGCGCAGGAGGCGGACGGAAGCGGCGUGCCCAAGCGGACGAUUCAGCUCUUCACCUUCAUUGGGCGGCUAUGCGCCAAGGCCAUGCUGGACGGCCGGCUCGUCGACCUCUGUUUCGCGCCGCCCUUUUACCGCCAUUUGCUCUGCUGCGAGCUCGGGCUCGAGGAUCUGCACGAUCUCUCGCCGCAGCUUUUCCGCUCGCUACACCAGCUGCAGGCCCUCGCUUCAGAGCGGUCCCGCCUCUUGCGCGCGGGGGGCAAGCCUGCCGAGGUUGCGGCCGCCGUCGCCAGCCUGACGCUGCACGGCUGCCCCGUCGAUCAGCUUGGGCUCGAUUUCACGCUGCCCGGUUUCCCCGAUUUCGAGCUCAAGCCGGGCGGCGCCGACGUUGACGUGACGAUUGACAAUUUGGGCGAGUACGUGCGCCUCGUCACCGACGCCCUCUUGGUGGGCGGCGUCCGCGCUCAGCUCGCCGCGUUUCGCCAGGGCUUCUCAGACGUGUUUUUGGUCUCUCGCCUUGCGCCCUUCACGCCGUCAGAGCUCGACGUCCUCCUCAAUGGCGCGCGCGAGCGGUGGGACAAGGCGACGGUGAUCGAGCUGCUGAAGUUUGAUCACGGCUACACGCGCUCGUCCGCCGCCAUCUCGCACCUGCUCGACGUGAUUGCAGAUCUGACGGACGCGCAGCUCGCUUCCUUCCUCAAGUUUGUCACCGGCAGCCCGCGGUUGCCCGUCGGCGGGCUCGCGCGCCUUUCUCCGCGGCUGACCAUCGUGCAGAAGAAGCCAGAGAGCGGCGUCUCGCCGGACGCGUACUUGCCGUCGGUGAUGACGUGCGCAAACUACCUCAAGCUGCCCGACUACUCCUCCAAGGAGGUGAUGCGCGAGCGGAUCCUCACGGCGAUCAACGAGGGACAGGGCGCCUUCCUCCUCUCGUGAGCAAGUGCGCGGCAACUGCUGCUUCCCUGGGCUUCCAUUUUCGGUAUGGCAUCAUCAUGGGCAUUGGGGGAUUGGCGCUGGUGGAGAGGCGCCUGGACCCCUUGGGAUAUGAGAAGAAGAUUGGCCCAGGUACGGAUUUAUCGAAUUUGCUCAAAAUCUGCA